AUGCAGGACAAUGAACAUGGUCCCGAACCCAUCAGCUCCCCGCCCACGGCCGCAUCCUCCAUAAGGCUGCCCAAGAGGCAGGGCACCCUCGACAGCAUGUCUCUCUCCCAGUCUGAAGCCGGCCCCCCUCAGCGACGAUCCCAUCCCUCAGCUGCCAGCCUGUACGCCUCGACCCUCACACCACCGGGCUCCAGGUCCAUGUCCCCCGUCGGCAGAGGAUCCCCCGCCCGACCCUUCUCCAGGGCGAGAUCUGGCUCCGUGACCCUGACUCACUCCCUUCUCGAUACCGACGCUGCUGCAGAGCCCGGUAAUCCGCUGAACCUAUUGCUCAAGGCACUCGUCCCCCACAUCUCCAUAUACGCGUCGCCUGAUACGGACGGCCUCGCCAGGGAGAAGGGUUUCGACCGUGGUCUUUGGGAGCUCCUCCGGCCAUUCGGCGAGCGCGUGCCGGGUAAGGUCACCGUCAGAGACAGCAACGGGUCGAGCAGGUCAUGGGAUGACUUUUCGGUCCGCUUCACUCGCUUUGGGGAGAAUGUCGAGCCACCAGACGGGCUACUGAAGGCCCCCAACGGCCAGGCCACAAACCCGGCGUCUUCGGGGAGACGGGUCGCCGAUGUCGAGGACGUCGUGAGCAGGCAUCUGAACUAUGCGGAGCAGUCUUUCUCGAACCUCAUUCAGCCCAGCACGCCAACGACUCAUGGCCUGGAUAUGGAUGCGACCUCCCCCUACUAUGCACUGUAUCUCAGGCGUCUGCUUUCUGGCAUACCCUUAUCUGCCCACGAGUCUUGGGCACACCCGGUGGCUUGCGUCAUCGCAGCGAGCUCACGAGAACCUGCCCCGAUCGAGACGUUCCGGAGGCUCUACCACGAAUCUACAAAUGGUGACAGGAGAUUACCGCCUUGGGUGGACGGUGAAUACCUGCGCUACUACGUACUUGUGCACGAUGAGGAGAACAGCGAUAUCACCAAGACCAUGGCUCUGUUCGACCAGAUGAAAAGGAACCUGGGCCUGCACUGCCACCUGCUCAGGAUACGGAGCAGUCAGAGCGUCGAGACGGACGACGACAGCAUACCCCUGCCCCGUAGCGAAUGGAUGUCAGCCCAGGAAGAGCUCGCUGACAUAGAGAGGAGCGAGGUCCAGGGCGGGCCUGCAGAUCUAACAAGGUACAUCUAUGAGUCUGACGCGACUGCGAUAAGGACUUUCAUCCGUGAAAUGGUAACACAGUCUGUAAUACCGACCAUGGAGCGCAACAUCUCCGUCUGGAACGACCAGGUUGCUUCAAAACGCAAAGGCAUCAGUGGGAGGUUUAUGACGCUGUCGAAGAGGUGGACAGGCUUCGCCAGCGGGUCAAGGAACUCCACGGGAAGCUCGUCCUCAAGCAACUACGAGGCAUCGGGUUACUAUAGGCCAGACACGCCUGAGGCUAUAAUGCGGAAACUGGCCGAUUACGCCUUUAUGCUGAGGGACUGGAAGCUCUCCAUGUCGACGUACGAGCUGCUGCGGUCCGACUUUAGCAACGACAAGGCGUGGAAGUAUCACGCCGCGGCUAACGAGAUGACGGCCGUCGCGCUAUUGAUCAUGCCGCAGAACAUGUCGUCCAAGACGCGGCUGGACAACGUCGUUUCGAUGCUCGAUCAGGCCUCUUAUUCAUAUAACACGCGGUGCAGCUCACCAUACGGCACACUGCGAUCCAUGGCGCUGGGCCUGGAGCUCCUGCGCAUGCGUGGCGGCUCUGCGGUGGACGAGGCAGUCAAGUGGGGUACGCGCAUAAUGGAGAGCCGCAUCACGGGGCAGAUCGGCGAUGCGCUGUUCAAGGAGCGCAUGGCUGUGUGCUGUGCCACGAAGCAGGGAGUGGGCUCCAGGGCAUGGGGCAGCUGGCGGAGGAAGUCUGCAUUCUGGAGUGUGCUCGGUGCCGAGGCGUGGAUCAACCAGGCCAAAUUCAUACCUGCUCAACGGUGUCUCAACGAGGCAAGGAACAUGUACAGCCAGCUGGAGAGUGAGGAUGGGAUCGGCGGGUGGGCACUGGCGAGCGAACACAUGGCGCAACUCCACCUGAAGUUGAAAGAAGGACUGGCGCUAGACGGGCUAGAGGACGCCCCCGCCCAAGAGGCAGAUGAGAUUGAGCUGCUAGAGGAGGAGGAGCCGGAGCGUUUGAACAAGAACAAGCGCAUGUCGAGGCGGCUGAGCCUUGCAAGUCCUCCCGGUGCCGGUGCCGUUCUGGAGACAGCUCCGCUGGCGGACAAUAGCGAGGCUGUGAGGAAUGAGGCCGACGAUGGCUUCAGCUAG